AUGGAGGUCUACAUCCCGUCCUUUCGCUACGAGGAGAGCGACCUGGAGCGGGGAUACACGGUAUUUAAGAUAGAAGUGCUAAUGAAUGGAAGAAAACAUUUUGUUGAAAAAAGGUACAGCGAAUUUCAUGCCUUGCACAAAAAGCUGAAGAAAUGUAUAAAAACUCCAGAAAUCCCUUCUAAACAUGUUAGGAACUGGAUCCCAAAAGUCUUGGAACAACGACGACAAGGUUUGGAAACAUAUUUACAGGCUGUCAUUUUGGAAAAUGAAGAGCUUCCCAAACUCUUCCUUGAUUUCCUAAAUGUGCGACACUUGCCCUCACUACCAAAGGCAGAGAGUUGUGGAUCUUUUGAUGAGACGGAAUCUGAAGAAUCAAGCAAACUGUCCCACCAGCCGGUACUGCUGUUCCUCAGGGAUCCAUACGUCUUGCCUGCAGCCGGCGAUUUUCCAAAUGUGGUUAUUGAAGGAGUCCUCCAUGGGAUAUUUUACCCCCAUCUGCAGCCCAGGUAGAAAUCCUCCAUGGCUAGAAGCUGAAGCCGGUUUCAUGGAAAUCGAUAUGUACCAAAUUAACCUAAACUCUAUGACAUAACAGCUCUAGCUAG